ACGUGAGCUCGCAAUACAGUCCAGGGUGUGCACGCAGAACCCUAAUAAUCCGCUUUUGUUAUACAAUAUCCGGCCGGUGGGAGGAUUCGUCGCGUCAUUACAGUCCGGAAGUGAGCGCGGCGCCAUUUUGUACGCCUGGCAGUGUGAGUAAAGCUCGCGCUUGCAGGGUUACCUCUUUCUGAGUUCCCCGCUAUGAAAGAGACCUUGAAGAUCUUUAUCGGUAACGUGGACGACCGCACCACGGAGGAAGAGAUAACUGACCUAUUCCAGAAGUUCGGCCCGGUAGUAAGUUGCGCCGUCAUGAAGCAGUACGCCUUCGUCCAUAUGAGGGGCGCUGAACGGGCCAAGAAAGCCAUCGAUGAGCUGAACGGGCGGGAGCUGCACGGGAAGAGGAUGGUGGUGGAGCUGUCUAAGCCACGACCUCAGAAUACCUGGAAGAUCUUUGUGGGCAAUGUUAGCACUGCCUGCGACGCCUCUGAACUCCGCACCAUGUUCGAGGCCUACGGCAGUGUGGUGGAGUGUGAUGUGGUGAAAGACUAUGCGUUCGUUCAUAUGGAGAAAGAAAGUGACGCUAGGGCAGCUAUCGAGAAUCUGAAUGGAAAGGAGAUAAAAGGAAAACGGAUUAACGUGGAGAUGUCAAAUAAAGUUUCAAGGCCUAUGAAUGCUAAUGGUAAUGCUCAUAAUAAUCGCGCACGUAGGCCUCAUGAUAUUCGAGAAAAUCCACAGAACCGUUCUGAGGCAUAUAAUCGUAGGAGGGCAGCUGAAGCAGCCUAUGCAUCCUUUGCUUUAAAAUCGCCAUAUGAGCAUUAUUCCGGUGAUAAUGCACGUUAUGCUUUUGACAGUAGAAUGCGCCCACCUUCUCCUCUUUAUUAUUCUCGAGAUCGCAGUCCCCUAAGAAGAUCACCUACGAGGUCGCCCUUUGGUCUUGCACAGUCCUCUGCUUCACUUGCAUCAAAACUCCGUGCUUCAGCAUCAGGCUAUGGUUCCUUACCAUCUGCCUAUGGGGAUCAACCAACUUCAUCAUUGUCUGCUGCAUACGGUAGUCAGUCGUCGUCUUUAUCUUCUGCAUAUGGAACCCGUGCCAGUGCACUUGCAUCUGCUUACGGCAAUCAAGGUGGAUAUGACAGCAAGUCCUCGGCUUUUGGGACAGAAACACAGCCUUCAUAUGGCUCACAAAGUUCUACAGCCUAUAGCACUCAAGGAUCGUCUCUGUCUGCCAGUUAUGGGUCCCAUCUACCUGCAGCGGCAGCGUCUUACAACUCUCAGACCUCGUCCAGUCUUUAUCCGUCACAUUCUACCAGUUCCUCAUAUGCGUCGUCCGCUGCACUGGCCAGUGCUUAUCGUCCACAGCAGAGUUCCGUCUAUGAUACUACUCAGAUGGGUGGCCUUGGAAUGCAAUCUGCUUACUCGUCUCUGCCGUCUUCAGUGGAUGCGCCGAUGUACGAGCGCACCCGCCUCUCACCGCCGCUAAGCUCGGCUACCGACAACUACAAGAAGACGAUUGACAGUUAUAAAAGCAGGCUUGCUUCUGACCGCCGUUAUUCAGAAUUAGCUGACUAUCGCCGUUUAACACAGGAAUCGCAGGAUCCUUUCCGCCGGUCACCACCUAAAUCCCAGCUGGACUUCCGUCGCAUGACUGAAUCGCAGUCCGAUUACUCUUCAUACCCUUACAGUGAUUUAAUGAGAGGGCCAUCUUUAUCUGCCUAUCCACGCCGUUUGUAAUGGCUUUAAAGCGUGGUUGAAAUUGUGUGUAGAUUGAGGUAUCUUUCUGUGUGGUGAUACAGAAAAUUUUGGGUUUCCAAUUACAUUUUUUUUUUUUUUUUUUAAAUCUGUAGAACUGUUUUAAUAGGCAUUGAAAUCUAAUUGGUCAAUGGUAUAUAAGGAUAAAUCGUAUAAGGCAGAUUUCACAUUUUUACACAUGUUUAGAUUACAGUAUUCACAUGACCACACAGGGUCACUUGUAUAGAAUUUUAUAUAUCUGCUAAAAGCCAUUAAUGCUUACCCUUUUGGUGGCUUGUUGAAAUGUUUCUACUUUGCUGCUCACUAGCCUCAGAUGGAUUCAACUGGUUUCCCCCAUAACAUGUGGCAGUGUAACCUGUAAGUGUGGAAUAUAUAGCAGUGGCCAAGCAGUAAGGAGGGCAUUUCUUCAAAUGGGCAGGCGGAGUACAUAGCUGCUAAAAGAAGCGUCACAAUACUUAAUUCUAGACAUUGAACAUCUGUCUUUUAUAAUGCCUUAGGCCCCUUUCACACAGGCUUUCUGAUCAAGUCCGCCUGUUGGAAGGUUUUUUUUUUGUUUGUUUUUGGCAGAUCUCAUUGGACACGCUAUGGACUUUGUGAGUUUCUACAGUUGAAAUCUGCAACUGCUUGAUAUGCCAACAAAUUAAAUCUCCACAAAUGGGUAAUGUCAUCUAUUGCCACAGUCUUGGAGCUGGUUCACACAGGGGCAACUCGGCUGCCUGACAAGUCAUGCUCCUCUCUAUUCAAUAGAACCAUUCUAAUAGGAGCGACGCAAGUCGCUCCGACUUGGAUAAAGGUUCUUGUACGACUUUGGGGGUGACUUGCAUUGACUUCAAUACAGAAGUAAUUUUGCAAGUCGUAUUGAGAUCGCCAUGCGGUUUCGCCCCCAAAGUCGUGCUGCCCCUGUGUGAACCGGCUCUUAGUGGUAAGUAAGUUAUGCACAUGCCAACACUGAUUUCUUUACAGUCUUUAAAGGGAUGCGAUUGGAACAGACAUUUUGGCCUAGAUUGCACAGAAAUUGACAUUUAAGUAUUUAUUGGACCCCACUUGGAUUAUACCUAUUUUUUUUUUUUUUGUUAGG